UCCCUAUCGAACGAUCGAACGUUUGUUUACGUUUUCUUAUCAUCUCCUUCGGAAAUCUCACGUUUCCCCUGUGUUUUUUUAUCAGAUUAAAGUUAUAAAACUUAGUUUUAUGUUCUAGUUUUGUUUCUGAAAUGCUUUAAUGUCUCAUAUUUCUUGUGCUUGACUCGGAUUUGAAGGACAGCAACAUGCAUCGCUCACGGUCACAUCAUCGUAAUAGACACAGGGAUGAAUCAUCAUCGAGGUCUUCACGGAAGUCAAAAAGCCACAAGCGGGACAAGAAAUCCAAGAGCUCCAGGCGAGAUAGAAAAUCUCGACGAAGGCACUCAUCAGAGUCAUCAUCUCGUCCUUCAUCCUCCUCCUCAUCCACAUCCUCCUCUUCCUCUGCGUCUUCCUCAUCUUCUUCAUCAAGUGCCUCAGAUAAGGAAACGAAACUCCUGAUAAGAUUGCAAGAGAAGCGGAAAAGACAGCAGGAAGAAAGGCGUAAACUGAAAGAGCUCCAGAAGGCCCAAGAAACCCCCAAAGAAAAGAGAAUCAGACGACUGCUGAAGAAAGAGGCCAAAGAGAAAAAGAGGAAACAACAAAUGGGAUGGGACAAUGAUUACCUACACUACACAAAUGUGGACAAUCCUUUUGGGGAUAAUGAUCUUCUUUCAACAUUUAGAUGGGAUAAAAAGCUGGAGAAAGAAGGGCUGAAAGGAGUUUCCCAAGAAGAAGUAGCAAUGAUGAAUAAAAUAAAAAUGGAAGAAAAUAAGCGUGAACUAGAAAAGGUGAAGAAACGUAGGAUAGAACGUGAGUUAGAAAAGCAGCAGCGCGAAGAGGAGAUGUCCUUGAUGCAACGGAGUAAAGAGGCUGCUCAGUUUCAGGAGUGGGAGCAACACGAAGACAUGUUUCAUCUUGAGCAAGCCCGUCUUCGAUCGCGUAUUCGUAUCCAGGAUGGCCGCGCAAAACCUAUUGAUCUUCUCGCCAAAUACAUCAGCACGGAAGAAGAAGUUGACGCUGUUGAAAUGCACGAGCCGUAUACAUACCUUAAUGGUUUAACCAUUAAAGAUUUAGAAGAUUUGGUUGCUGAUAUUAAGGUAUACAUAGAAUUGGAAAGAGGGAUGAACCUCGACUAUUGGAACGACAUUACUGUAAUUGUUGAAGAUGAACUGUACAAACUGCGGAAACAAGACUCUCAAACGGAAUAUCAAGCAGCCGUUGCGAGGCGUGAGGGAAUCCAUGAAUCAGUUGCCAAAGAUGUUGCAAAUGUACUGAAAGGCAAGACAGCCGAACAAUUGGUGGCUCUUCAGACACAAAUUGAAGCCAAACUGAAGAACAAAGCAGAUGGAGUAGAUAUAGGAUAUUGGGAAUCUCUACUUUCACAAUUAAAAGCUCAUCAAGCCAGAGCGCGUCUACGAGAUCGACAUCAAAACAAUUUGUUCAAAAAACUCCAAGUGCUCAAAGCAGAGCAAGGAGUUGACGAAAAUUCCUCAGUGCCAAAGCAAGAAAUCUCAGAUGCUCCGUCCACCUCUGCUUCUUCGGCAAAACCAGAACGGCAAACUGAAACUCGGGGCAAAGAAGACACAGAUGAUUCAUCUAAUGAAGAGAUGGAUGAAGCAAAAUUGGCGGAAGCAAUGAUAAACGAAUGCAUUGCAGAGUACGAGGCAGGAGGUUACAGUCCAAAAUACGUAUCUCCAUCCAGUCUUGAACCUGGAACAAUCAUCACCCUGGUAACAGAGGAUUUGCAACGGCUUGAAUUCGCAAGGCGUAGAGUUCAAGGACUAGGAGCUAAAGUAGAGAAUGUUAUCACUGCAGAGGAAAAAGCACUGCAUCGUGAAGCAAGGAAAGGCAUGACAGACGAUGAGGUUGAAUUCUCUGUUGAGUCCAUACUCGAAAACCAGGUUUACUUUUGGUCAGACAAAUACCGUCCCAGGAAACCUAGAUACUUCAACAGGGUGCACACUGGAUUUGAGUGGAAUAAAUAUAAUCAAACUCAUUACGAUAUGGAUAAUCCGCCUCCUAAAAUUGUUCAAGGCUAUAAAUUCAACAUUUUCUACCCUGAUCUGAUAGAUAAGUCAUCAACUCCUGAAUACUUUUUGACGCCUUGUCCUGACAAUCAUGAUUUUGCCAUCCUACGAUUCCAUGCUGGACCUCCAUAUGAAGACAUCGCUUUCAAAAUUGUAAAUCGGGAAUGGGAGUACUCAUACAAACGGGGAUUCCGCUGUCAGUUCCAGAAUAAUAUUUUCCAGCUAUGGUUCCAUUUCAAAAGAUAUCGUUACCGGAGGUGAAACUAUCAUCAUUCUUUCUGGAAGAUUUUGUCGCUGCCAUCGCUGUUCCUCCUGGGUAUCUUAUUUUGGGUGGACAAGUAUUUUUAUCUCAGCAUUUGUGAUUUCGACAGCAAGGAGCUGUUAGUAGCACUGAAGAUGAUAUGUGUUGCGAACAAGUUAAGUUGAGUGCAUCAUUUUUUACUUGCUCACUCUGCAUCCAAAACAGAAUUGGUUGCUCUAAUAUAAUUAGAAUUUCUUGCACCUCUAAAACCAGGAAUUUCAGCCCAGUUUUUAAUGAGAGAGAUGGUCCGAAAAUUAUCCAUCUAGAAAAGAUAUACAAGCUAAGUUUAAGAAAUUUUGGUCAUCAUAUCAACGAUGAAACUGCAAAACUGCGUAUCUCAGUUUGCAAUGCUGCAGAUUUUCUCUCAUAAUUUAUUUUUAAAUGGCAAAAUGAGCAGUGUCAUUUUUUUUAAAACUUUCCUGAGUUUGUUUCUAUACCUAUAUGGAAAAUAUUCUGUGAAAAUUUUAAGCAUUAGUGGUGGUUUGUUCUCCUGCGAUAAAAUUAAAUAGAAUUAAUUGAGGAUUUUGAGACACCGCUUACGAGACAUACGUUUUUGCAAUUACACCAUCGAUAUUUUCCUCCAAGGAAUCUUUUGUGUAUGUAUUCCUGACUAAAAAAACAUACUUUAAAAAGUGAAGUUAGAUGUGUGGAAAUUACUGGAAACCAUUGUAACAGUAGCACCACUUUUUGGGUUGGUCCGUAAUGUGAAUCUCUUGAUUAGCUCAAUGGUAAACCUGCAAAUAGCGUGUUUACUGUUUGGCAAUGCAAUGAAUAUACAUUGCAACAAAGUUGAAUGCAAAAUUGCAAAAUUCAAGUACAAAAUACGACCAACAAAAAGCUGGUCCAACAAAAUAACUGACUUAAAAGAAAUGUUUUCAUUUUCAUUGUAAUGAACUCGACACUAAAAUAUAGUAUCUAUGUUGCUCAAUGUCUGAAACAGUUUCACUUAGUUGUAAGUAGAACAAGUUAUAUUAUUAUGUUUCGUUUUUACCUACACUGUAAUCAAUUUUUAAGGGAGCGAAAAUAAUUGUUUGAGCACAAAUUGAGUACUUUAAAAAUCAAGUAAAUUUUUAGGCCGACAUGCGUUUAAUUGAACAACAGACUUUCUCUUCAUAUGUACAUGUAAAUUGACAUCAUGUUUUUAAUGAAUUUCCAAUGGAAUACUGGGAAUGGUGAUUGCUCUACUAGUGUUCAUUGGAUGAUCAACUUAGCCUAAGCUUGAAUUUUAAAACCAUUCCAUAAUCCUCUAUCAGUUCCACAGAAACUCUUGGAAAAAAGAUUAAGUCAAGAAAAAAGGCUUAAACUGUAUAUUAUGUCAGUAGUUUUUCCUGCAUAUUUCAUAUCUCUUUUCCAUCAUAAUUAAUACAUCUUUGAAAUUUAUGAAAGGAGCCUCCGUUAUUGAUUGAAUCAUGACUAUCAACUCAAAUGUAUGGAAUGUUAGACCUAUGAACUUAAAUUGAUUUUGUUGAUAUUUUUGUUCUAUGUAUGUCGCCUAAAUUGUACAGUUUAGCCCAAUCAAUGGAACUGUUUUUAAUCAUGUCUCUCAACUCAAAUUUUCCUCUAAUAGCGAGCCGU